AUCCAAACAUUUUAAAAUUUUAUCUUGUUUUCUCUUUGUCUAAUAAAAAAUUGGAAAGAAAUACUCCAAAUGACCAAAUCUCUUUCAGCUUUCAUGGUAGUUGGUGGUUUUCUUUUUAGUGUUUAAACUUUUUUUGUGUUUAAUACAAGGCUCCUGGUGUUUAUUCCUUGGACCAAAGUUGGGGCAUUCUAAUUUUUGAUCUUUCUUUUUUCUUUGCUGAAAUUGUCCUGGAAACAGCCUCUUGCAGAAAUGCAGUGUAAGGUUUGCCUCCCUAACAGCUCGGUGGGGUGUUGAAAAAAUAACCCACAUCGAACAAUUAGAGAUAAAUUGACUACAUAUAUUUGAUGGGCUACUAUUCCUAUUACCAAUUGGUUAUCAGAAGGAACAAAAUCAGAAUUUUUGAUGGGUUAAAGUUGAAGCUUGUAUUCUAUGUGGAGAAGCUAAGUAGUCAUUGUGCCUGAUAGUUGAAGAUGAAAGUAAACUGGCUUCAUGUUCUAAUCACCAGUUUCUUGUUUGUACUUUUGGAUGGAGCUGAUAAUAAUGUGUCGAGACCUUCAAUCAUCAAUAUCGGAGCGCUUUUCAGCUUCAACUCUACCAUUGGGAAAGUUGCUAACAUUGCAAUUCAGAAAGCUAUUGAUGAUGUCAACUCUAAUUCCAGCAUAGUACAUGGGUCAACGCUGAAUUUAACUAUGAGGGACUUUGAUUGCAGUGGAUUUUCGGGCUUUAUACAAGCAAUGCAACUCAUGGAGACACAAGUUGUGGCAAUCAUAGGUCCUCAGUCUUCUACUGUUUCUCAUAUGGUUUCUUUGUUAGCAAGUGAACUCCAAAUUCCUCUACUAUCAUUUUCGGCAACAGACCCCACUCUUACACCUUCCAGCUCGCCUUUUUUUGUUAGAACCAUAUUUAGUGAUCAGUAUCAGAUGACAGCAAUCUCUGAAAUUGUUGAUUUUUAUGGAUGGAGAGAGGUGGUUGUUGUUUACAUUAAUGAUGAUUAUGGAAGGAAUGGUAUUGCUGCUUUCAAUGAUGCUCUUGCUGACAAGCGAGGCAAAAUCUCAUAUAAAGCUGCAAUUCCACCGGACACAAGUGUUACUCGGAGUGAUAUAAUGGAUAUAUUCGCUAAGAUUGCGAUGUUGGAGUCUCGGGUUAUUAUUCUGCACGUAAAUCCUCAGUCAGGCCGUUUAAUUUUCGAUGUGGCUAGUUAUCUGGGGAUGACAGGUAGUGGGUAUGCUUGGAUAUGCACGGACUGGCUGGCGUCUCUUAUUGAUUCAAGUUCUCCCCUUCCUUCGGGAAUAAUGAAUUCAAUGCAAGGAUUUCUUGUCCUGCGUCCUCAUACACCAGAUUCUAGUAGGAAAAGAGAUUUUGUGUCGAGGUGGAAAAAAGAAGCUCGUAAUUCUCUUGGAUUGAGUGCUUAUGCACUGUAUGCUUAUGAUUCUGUAUGGAUGCUUGCUCAUGCAAUUGAUGCAUUUCUAAAUAAUGGUGGAAACAUAUCUUUUUCUAGUGAUUCUAAGUUACGGGAGUUAAAUAGCACUGAACUACACCUUCAACAAAUGCGCGUAUUUGAUGGAGGACGAGCAUUGUUGAGUAAUAUACUGCACAGUGAUUUGAUCGGCUUGACAGGUCCGCUGAAGUUUGAAUCGGAUAGGUCCCUGGCUCACCCUGCAUAUGAUAUAAUUAAUGUGGUUGGAACUGGCUAUCGACAAAUUGGCUACUGGUCUAAUUAUUCUGGUUUAUCAACAGCUUCACCAGAGACUCUUUAUAGCAAACCUUCUGACCGUUCAAGUGCAAAUCAACACCUAUACCCAGUUUUUUGGCCCGAUGGGUCUACAAUAGUACCUCGUGGGUGGAUCUUCCCGAAUACUGGUGUGCAGUUGAAAAUAGGGGUUCCUGUACGGCAUAGUUUCAAGGAGUUUGUUUCUCGAGUGCCGGGAAGAAAUGAUAUGUUUAAGGGGUUUUGUGUCGACGUGUUUCAAGCUGCUGUCAACUUGCUGCAAUACCCUGUUCCGUAUGAGUUUGUUGCCUUUGGGGACGGUCACAAAAACCCAAACUACACAGACCUCGUCAAUGGGAUAUCUACUGGUAUCUUUGAUGCUGUAGUCGGAGAUGUCACUAUUACCACUAGCAGGACCAAAAUUGUUGAUUUUACACAACCAUUUGUUUCAUCUGGUCUUGUAGUGGUGGUACCAUUCAAAAAGUUGAAUUCUGGAGCGUGGGCUUUUCUCCGACCAUUCUCACCACUAAUGUGGGCUGUCAUUGUUCUGUCGUUCAUCACUGUUGGUGCGGUCGUGUGGAUAUUAGAGCAUAGAGUAAAUGAUGAGUUCAGAGGCUCCCGCACAAGGCAGUUUAUAACCAUUCUAUGGUUCAGUUUCUCAACGUUGACGUUUUCACAUAAGGAGAACACUCUUAGCUGCCUUGGUCGAAUGGUAGUAAUCAUAUGGCUGUUUGUGGUUCUGAUUCUCACGUCAAGUUAUACUGCAAGCUUGACUUCCAUUCUUACGGUGCAACAAUUGUCGUCGCCUAUCAAGGGGAUCGACUCAUUGAUUGUGGGUGAAACACGGAUAGGAUACCAGGUUGGGUCCUUCGCUGAAAAGUACUUGUCAACAGAAUUGAAUAUAUCUCAAUCUAGACUUGUUGAACUUAAAACACCCGAAGAAUAUGCUGAUGCUCUACGAUCUGGUCGUAUUCACGCUUUGGUUGAUGAACUUCCAUACGUUGAGCUCUUCCUAGCAAGCCAUUGUGAUUUUAGAAUUGUAGGUCCAGAGUUCACGAGAAAUGGCUGGGGCUUUGCAUUUCCACGGGACUCUCCCUUGGCUCCUGAUAUGUCCACCGCAAUUCUAAAACUAUCAGAAAACGGGGAUUUGCAGCGAAUACAUGACAAAUGGUUGACGAUGAGCAGUUGCAGUCAGGAUAAUACUGAGAUUGAAUCCAGCCAACUCCACCUUGGAAGCUUUUUGGGUCUCUUUUUAAUCAGUGGAGUAGCAUGUAUUAUCGCUCUUUGUUUAUAUUUCACUCGAAUAUGUUAUCGUUGUCAUAUGACUUUUAGAACUGAAACUACUUCAAAUAUUGAUGGUAGUACAUCCAGCUUGAAACGAAUUCGGACACUUAUAACCUUGAUUGAUGAGAAAAAAGACCCUUCAAAGAAAAGGAAAAAAACGAGAGAAAUAGGCGAUUCAUCCUUUGAUGAUGACAGAGAUGAAGAAUGCGGAACGAGUGGCAAAAGGAAACAAUAUCAAGUUUCUGGAGAUGAAAAUACAGACUAAGCUUGUAAAAUUACACACAAUGUAUA